AUGCAACCGCAUCAGGAUCUCAUCGUAUCUCUUUUUGUUCGAUUCUUUUUCAAGGUAGGCGAGCUGGGCCUCAUCAGCAGGUACAAGACGGACGACAGGUUCAAGAAGAUGUGUGGAAUGCUAGACGGCCUCGCAUUCCUCCCUCCCGACCUUGUUCCAGUUGGGCUGGACUACAUCCGUGGUCAGGCUCCAACAGACCUCGAUGACCUCAUCGACUAUUUUGACGCGACGUAUGUAAACGGAACGUUCCGAGCAGUGUCAUCGAGAGUGGCUGAUGGCGCAUUAACCACAACGAUGCGCCGACGACGCCCCGAGUUUCCGCCGACAGUGUGGAACGUGUUAGAAGCCACAUUAAACAACGAAGACCGCACAAAUAACGCAUGCGAAGGAUGGAACAGCGGGUUUAAGAAGCUUGUCGGGCACAGCCAGCCCAGUAUAUGGAAGCUGAUCGACUGCUUGCAACAAGAUCAAGCCCUAUCGGAGGUAAUGCUGCUGCAAAUAAGCCGUGGGGAACCGCCGACGAAGAAGACCAAAAGGGCGACAAGGCGCCUACAGGACCGCCUCAGGAACAUCUGCCUGGACUAUCUUGAGCACAAACAAGUUCCAGCCCUUCUGGAAGCGGUCGGAAAUUGUAUUCGAUUCUAACGUGCGUGUAUGAAAAAAAUAAUUCAUGUUUGAGAGAAAAUAAACGCAAAUCAUUCAAUUUAUGACUCCUCUGUGCAAAAUCACUUUCGCUCUUUAAUGCGGAAAUAAUAUGUGGAAGUGAAAAUAGACGAGUCACUCAUUGAGCGUGGUGAGCUUUUCUCCGCCUUCUCCAUUGGUCCGGUGAGC